AGAUGAGGACGUUCCUCAUCACCUUGGCACUGUGCCAACUGGCUCUUUCUUGCACAUUGUGCCAUUUUCGUACUCCGCCACGACCAAGACCAUUGGAUCAGUACAAGCUUCCAAAACUAGGUGGAAAGAAUUUGGAUUUGGAGAAAAUGCCAAAGUUUUGCAAUGCUUCGAAGGAAUUACCAGUGAUGGAUUCGUGUAAAAAGCAAUUUGAAAAAAUUUUCUGCUCAGCGGAUAGAUGGACAGACACCUUCGGAGGAUGUCAAUCAAUUGCCAAUAAAUCGUUGAGUGAGCAAGAACAAUGCUCAAAAUGUGCUUAUCAAAAAGCUAAUAACGGAUGGGUACUCAAGUGGUUUGAUUCACUGGGAAAACCUGCUGCAGGUAUCACUGAUGGAAAUUACUAUUGGCUCGGAGAUUAUGAACUUUGUGCCGCACUUGCAAGCGAUGGAUCAUUUGACGGUCAAUAUUGUCGUAUUGAAAUGGAAGUUCCAGACGCUGGAGUCGAAUCAGGAUGCCCUCAAACUGAUCCGUUAUCGAUUAUUCUUGGUGUCUGCUUCCCAUCCGCUUGUUCUGUUGCUGAUUUGACAACGGUUUCAUCGAUCUAUCUCCCGUAUAAUCUGAAAGUUGAAUGCGAAUCUCAAAAUCGCUGGUCAUUUGUCACUGUUUUGCUAUUAAUAAUCCUGAUGGUUUGGAUUGUUCCACAGGCAGUUGCCACAUUUCAAACAUCUUCAAAUGACAGCAUUCUCUCAUGUUUCUCAAUUCCUGAUAAUGCAAAAAGAACGUUUUCGACGAGAAGAGAGUCUCCGAAUCUUCAUGUUGUACACGGAUUGGAGUUUUUGCUCUUUUUCACAAUUGUCAGUGGAAUGGUAUACAAUUUCAUGCUUCCUUAUAUUGAAAACGUGGCAUUCGCAUUCGAAGGAGUAUCAUCAUUUCCAAUGCAUAUUGUCAAUAAUUACUCGUAUCAAAUCGACGGUCUUCUUGCACUUUCAGCAUUCUACACAACAUAUUUGUUGUUUGGAAAUAUAUUGACUCUUCGUUCUGCAUUCGAUUAUAUUCUCAUGAGAUUAUUCAGAUUCUGGCCUGCAUACAUCGUGUGUGUCCUAUUCAUGUAUGUAAUCUUCCCUGGAGUCUCAUCGGGUCCCAUGUGGAUUCAUACUGAUACAGUGAAUCGUUGUGGGUCUGGUUGGUGGAAGAAUAUUCUUUUCAUUAAUAAUUGGUUCAAUGUCACUGACACUUGUGUUGAUAUUGGAUAUGUUAUUUCCAUGGAAGCACAGUAUUAUGCUAUUCUCAUUUUUGUCAUCUUUCUGUCUUCCAAGUAUCCAUUGUUGACUCAGCUAUUUGCCUACACAGUUUUUGGAUCUUCAAUCAUAUUCUCAUUUGUAAGAGCAUACAGUCAAGAACUUCCACCAGCUCCCAUGCUUACUCUGGAGCCAGUACCACUAACAAAAGUGUAUGCAGUAUUCGAUCAGUUGUUGCUCUCAUUAUUUGCCAGAAGUAGCAAUUAUUGUUUGGGAUUCAUUUUUGGAAUUGGAUGUGCUACGGCUUCUGAUGAGCUCCGGGAAUCUGGGCUUUCUUAUUGUAUGCACAAAUUGCUGGCAAUCAUAUGCAUUGCAUUUGCAGUUGUUCCAUUUGUUGGAGCAUUCCCAUAUUCAGCAUAUGCCUGGGUUUCUAACUUUGAAAUCAUGAAUGCAUCCUACGCAGCACUUCAUCGUCCGAUGUGGUCAUUUGCGUUGCUCUCAUUCGUUUAUCUCUGUCAUCAUGGUGCUUUUAAAUGGCUGAAUGCUCUUCUCGAAUGGAGAGUAUUUGCUCCAUUGUCCAAAGUCACCUGGAUUGCACUUGUCGUCGCUGAGCCAAUCAUUCUAUAUUUCUUCUCGUCCCUCAAUAAACCCGCAUACGCAACACAUUGGAGUACGAUGUACACCGCCAUUUCAACCGCUCUUCUCGCCUAUUUCGUCGCAAUGUUCCUUGACAUUUUCGUGACGAGACCCAUCAGAUAUUUGAUUUAUCCAGAACAAAAGCAUCGAUAUGCUCAGGCACAUACUCAAGAUCAAGCAGCUCAAUAGAAUGAUGUUAGAGAAAAUGGAGGAAAAGGAACACGGGUUCAUAAUUUUUUGUGUGAUUUAAAAAUCCUUACGCAAGCUUGCAAUACUUAUUUUUGAUACAAACUUUAUGAAAAUUGACUAAAUUCAGUUUUUCUUUG